ACGGAAAUCCUCCGCACUUUUUGGAACAGUCCUGUUGGUCCCAAGACAACUCAUUUCUGGGGUCCUGCCUUCAACUGGAGCAUAACUAUUGCUGCAAUUGCAGACACAAAGAAACCCCCAGAACUGAUAUCUACCAACAUGACUUCAGUGCUGUGUGUUUAUUCGGCUAUGUUCAUGAGGUUUGCGUGGAUGGUACGGCCGACAAAUUACCAUCUUCUUGUGUGCCACAUUUCCAAUGAGACUGUGCCGCUUUAUCAAAAGAGAUUUGUAAAUGAUUUGGUUCUUAAUUUGUGACAGGAGCUCAGAACAGAAGAAGAAAGAGGAAACUGAAGUGAAACAAAGUGAUUGGGAAACUCAUUCCAUAUGUGCUAAUAUCAUAUUAUGUAUUCAUGUUGGAAUAAUGUCAGAAAAUUUUCAACAAUCUGUCGUCUUCUAGAUAUGUAGGCGUGCCAAUUUUAAACCUGUAA